GAUAAAUUUAAAAUUCCCAAAAAUUUUGCAAAUUCUUGUGAUAAAAUUAUUUUUGUUGGUGUUGGUCACUCUGGGUCUGGAGGGAAACAAACAUGGCGACUUCAUUUUCAAAAAUUCCUAAUGCUGACGUAUUGUACCACUUUAUUCACCACUGCGUGGACGAAUUAGUUGCACAAACUAAUACCAGCUUUAACUUCGACGAGGUAGAAUGGGCGAAAGAAGACCAGACCGCAGCAAAAAACUUCAUUCAACAUCUCUACAAAGCAAACAUAUCAAAUCAUUCCCAAGAACUAACUUUAAAUCAUUUGAAUCUGGCUCCUCAGUUAGCAAGACAAAUCGAGGAGUGUUACAACAUUCGAAGGAAUGAUAUAUUUCAGGUUGUUUUGCGUGACGAAGUACGUAAAGGCAGUAAGGAUGUUGUCGAAAAUAUCGAUUGGAAAUUGAAGUGGAUUAUGGGUAGUUCCAAACUGGAUACGUUGCGAGAACCAUUUUUACAAGUCGAUUUACAUUGUUUCAAAAAGCAAAAUGAUGUUAGAAAUACGUUUAAUUUUGAGAUGAAUUUAGACCAAGUUAAUCGAUUAAUUCAUGAUUUAGAGCAAGCUCUUGUAGCGUAUCAAUCCUAAAUGUUGCAUCUUAUUAUUUGUUAGUUUUUUAGAUCUAAUCAAUAAAUAAACUAGCUAUUGCUUGAACAACAAGCUUACUAUUA